ACUCAACCAGCAACAAUAGACUUGCUUCUGCCAUGGUCUGGGGUUUGAGGUCCUGAACCCCUAGACCUCACUAGGGUUAGAAAGUGAGGUUAGAGAACUUUCCAGCUGGUACUUUGAUUUUUUUUUUUUUUUUUUGAAAAUAUUUUUUUCACCCUAGUUCGGUCGGGUGCUCCGUCUUACGGGGCCCCAAGUUUAUUUUAAGAAGCCGCCACCGUGUUAUGGGCGUGCGCAACUGCCUCGACGGCAAUAAUAUGUCAGGACAACGCAAUAUCCCCCUUGAACUCGGGGAACAGCCCGAGCAACCACCUUUGGAGGCCCCAGGGGCAGCUGCCCCCGGUGCUGGGCCUGGCGCAGCCGAAGAGAUGGAGACCCCACCGCCUCACAGCGAGCCCGUCCCCGUCGAGAUUGAAGGCGAGGCCUGUGGACCCCCAGAAGUCUCCAGGCCCAAGUUCCGGGGCCUCAGCCAGGCCAUCAAGGAAGCCGGAGCCCAUGGAGGCUACAGCCCACCUCCUGAAGAAGCCAUGCCCUUCGAGGUCGAGCAGUCCAGCUUGGGAGGCUUCUGGCCUACCCUGGAGCACCCUGGAGACACCACUGGGGCCCAUGCAGGCCUUGAAGCCUUCAGCCCACCGAUCGUGGAGCCCGGAGCCUUCGGUGAGGCCAGGCCAAGCCUGGGAAGCUACAGCCCUCCUCCCGAAGAAGCUAUGCCCUUUGAGUUUGAGCAGCUUGCCCAGGGAGGCUGCAACCAACCUCUCCUGCAGGUCUCAAACCUCGCUCCAGGAGGCCCAGGUGGGGGGGUCUUCAGGGCUCCUCCCGAGGAGCCCCGAGCCCUCAGACCUGCAAACGCAGGCUUCAGAGGAGGAUGCAGCCCUCCCCCUGAGGAGGAUAUGCCAUUUGAGUUUGAUGGAGCAGCCUUUGGGGACGACAGCCCACCCCCUGGGCUCCCCCGAGCUAUCCCACAAAUCGACGGCCUUGGCGGCAACCAGAUCGCGGCAGUCGCGGCCCCGAGUGCGGUCCUCCUCGCUCCCGCCGCGAACGAGCCCCCCCUCUGGGUCCCAGGCAUCAUCGGCAGCCCAUCUCGAGAGGCUGUCAGACCUCCUCCACACUUCGCGGGCAACAGACCCCCGAUGGAGAUCUCCGGACCCCCGCGCAAGAUUGGCAGCGCCCCCGUUGGGGUCGACGACGCUCCCGUCAACGUGGACAGCCCCCCAAUCGCGCUUGACGGCCCGCCCAUCGAGGUCUCCCGAGCCCCAGUUAAGAGAGAGCAAGCAGAGGGAGAGGGACCCCCAGUUGAGGGAGAAGCAGCCGAGAUGGAAGGAGGCUCAGCCACCGCUGCCGCGGAGAGAAGCAAAGUCCCCGAUCCCGGAGACGGAGCCCCUGCCGCCGGAGCAGCCCCUGACGCUCCAGCCGCCGGGGCAGCCCCUGCCGCCCCUGACACUCCAGGCGCCGGGGCAGCCCCUGCCGCCCGGGCCGCUCCUGUCGCCCGGGCCGCUCCUGUCGCCCGGGCCGCCCCUGUCGCCCGGGCCGCCCCUGUCGCCCGGGCCGCUCCCGCCGCCUGGGCAACCCCAGCCUCUGGAGCCCGACCCAAGAUCAGUUUCCUUAGACCCCCCAGCCCCGAGAUCCAGGCUGCCGAUCCGCCUACUCCGCAGCCUCCUCGCACAUAUGCCUGGCGGGGCAGGUCUGAGCGCAGCUGCUACCGCGGCGACGACAACGACGACGACGAAAUAUCGGUCAGCAGCGACAGCGGAGACGAAUCCGACGAUGGGACCUUCGGAUGCCGCCGCUGGUUUCAGUCCAGGCGAAACCGCCGCCGCCGAAAGACCCGGCGCAACUUGCUCCGCAACUUCCUCGUUCAGGCCUUCGGAGGCUGUUUCUGCAGAUCCGAGAGCCCCCAGUCCAGAGGCUCCCUCAGCCCCAAGGUCAAGAAGGUUGCCCUGGCGGAGAAGCGCAGACAGACCCGCAAGGAAAGCAUGGAGAAGCGCGCCCAGAAGCGCGCAGAGAAGAAACGCAGCCAGCUCAUCGACAAGCAGCUCCAGAACGAGAAGAUGGGCUACAUGUGUACGCACCGCCUGCUGCUUCUAGGGAGAAAAGUGGUGCCGUACAACACUGAGGGUCGUUUCCAGCUGGACAAACCAGCGCCAGCGACCAAAGGCGGGGGCUUCAGCGUUUCCUCACUUCUCAUUCGUUCGCCCAACCCUCCCGCCUUUACGGUUGAAAAACCAGACACUCAGGUAUCUGGGGCGUCCGGGGCUGCGCGCAGAAAUUCGGUAUUCUGCACACACUCUGCUCACCUGGCAGGGGAUGGAGGGAGGAGGGGGAAAAAACCUCCCACUUAA